AUCUCUAUUUCGACAAGAGGUACUACUCAUUAAGUCUACCCUGUUCUUUGGCUCCACCCUCUGAUAUUUAACUCAACCACUGAGGUUAUUUCUACCACCACAGCAGCUCUGUCUCUAAGAAGACCACUCUUUAGUCAGCAGCAAGACGCCAUGGAGGCCACAUCGCUCUCCAUCGCACUGUUGAUGACUGUGUGUAUGCAGCUGGGUGCACAUACUGAGGUUGAUCCAGCUUUUUGGAUCAUUCCAACCAGGCUGCAACUCUUUGAAUAUGAAUCUCUCUCUUUUAAAUGUUCGGGCUUCGAUGGUUUGACCGGAUGGAACAUUUUACGGAAGAUCAAGGCAGAAAUUGCGCCCUGUGAUUCAGAGAAGUGGGGUGUGUCUACCGAGUCGUCCUGCAGCAUUAGAGGGGCUUUUCCAGACGACAGUGGAGAGUACUGGUGUGAGGCUGAAGGGGGCAACAGAAGCAACUCUGUAAACAUCAAUGUCACUGGUGGUCUUGUGAUCCUGGAGAGUCCUGUACUUCCGGUGAUGAAGGGUGACGCUGUGACUCUGCGCUGCAGAACCAAGACUUCCUCCAACCUCAUAGCUGAUUUCUAUAAAGAUGGCCUCCUCAUUGGGAGCAGCUUCACAAAAGAGACAACUAUCUACAGCGUUUCAGAGUCUGAUGAAGGACUCUACAAGUGCAUAAUCUCUGAUGUUGGAGAAUCGCCAGAGAGCUGGUUGACUGUCAGAGAGCUUCACACAGAGACUCAUCCUUCCUCGGAUCGAAUGCUCUUCAUCCUCAGAACCAUUUUCCUCAUCGUGCUGAUGGCUGCGCUGCUGAUGCUGCUGGGACUACUUCACUGUGGGAAAUUUGGAGGGUCUAGAAGCAGAUGUGUCAGCUGCUGUGACCGUAUCAACAAGUGAAGGUUCUCACCAGUCAAGCCGCAGCUUGUCUACAUUUAACAAUCCACUGUGACCAUAGCUGACACACCGUCUGCAGAGUGACCACAGCAUCUCUGCGCCGCUAUAAACAGACUCUGUAGACACACACGUGCAAUGUCUCACGCAAUGAUCAGAUCAAGUCUCACUUUUGGCUUUUAUUUUCUACCUACAAGUCAAACAAUUAUAACCAUAUCAUUACCAUAUUCUGUUGUAUAUAUAUAAUAUCAGCCACGUGUAUGUCUGUGUGUAACUGUAUACCUUUAUUGAAAUAUGCACAAUAAACAUUCUGUCUGAGAAAAA